GGAGACCAGCAUGGGACAACUAGCCCGGCCAUGGACAGUCCACAUGGUACACCACAAGAGGCUCCGGAGGCUCAUCCGGGUGCGAUCUCUGCUGAAAGAGAAAGGCUGGAAGUCACAGAUGACAGAAUGGCAGUUGAUCCAGCCCGGAGCUUUCCAGGCGAUAGAGGCAGCGGUUCACCGGAGUACUUCUCUCCACAGGCAAUGGCACUUCUAGAAAGCAGGCGCAAGGAGUUGGAUCACGAGCGGCUGACUGUCGAAGAGUUGAGACGUCAAUUGAAGCAAGACGCGCAUCGCCUUCGUUCCUUCACUGGAAUGAGCAAGGAACAGGCGCUGUUGCAAGAAGCUGGCAUAGCCUUGGAUAGUCGAGUAUCAGCCCUGAACAGGGCACUGAAAGAACACCGGGUCAUCCAGCAGACUCUGCAAGGAAGCUUGGAGAAAAUCCGCACCAAGGGCGUCCCUGGUGGGUACCCUACUGCUUUUAAGGCCCAUGGAGACACUGGCGGAGAUGCCACACCAAGGUCUACUCGUGGAGGCAGACACCCAGAGCGGUAUGAUGGGUAUCCUCGAAGAAGUGAGGAUCUCGGAGUUAUCCAGCUGUGGCAAAGAAUUCUGGGACAUGAAUUGAACGCUCAUUCCUCCGGUCAUAGGACAAGGAGACAGAGCGAUUCGCCACUUCCGACAAGCAGAGGAGCUACCCGUUCAACUUCGCCUUUGAGCAGCCGACGUAGCCGGAGCUACAGGGAGGCCGUCGACCAGCACUUGGCUUGGCUGCAGAACUUCUCUCGUCAGGCGGGUCCAUUGACGGCUCGAAGUUAUGGAGGUUGGUAACAUUGGCUGAUUGUAAAUGUAUCACAAGCAAUCGCCAUAUUUUGCCGCGAUUUGUUUUUUGUACAUCACAAGCCGCAAGGCCCUGUAACUUGGCAGUUUUUGCCAGGUGGUUAAUGCCUUUUUUCUGGACCAAAGGUGUCUCACAAUUCAGUGGAAUUGACCAAGCCUUCUUAGGAGGACGUGGCCUGCAGGAGAAAAA